AUGAUGAUAAAGAGUUUCACACUGUACAUCACAGUUGUUGGAUCCAGUAAACGCGCGAUGAUUGACUCAGAGACACAUUGUUUCGCAUCAGAUGCCAAGAUGGUUAAUCUAGUAAAGUGCAAGCUAACUCGGGAGGUGGAAGUGUUUGCAGCUAUCAGUGGAUGUGCCGUAUCAGAUUGUCAGCUGACAAUGAGAAAUUUCCCCUGCUUAUUUGUCAAGGAUCAACUCGAAUCCUUUGACUGUUGCUGCUAUGUAGAGAGAGCUUACGUUGGUAUUUUCUUCUUGCUGCCCUGGCCAGUCAAAAGGUCACUCCAGAUUCUCCAAAUGUGGAGUUGCUUCUGA